AUGGCGGCGCACGUGGCAGGCGACGGCGACGCGGCGCCUUCAGCGGCAGGCGGCGGCGCUCCCAUGGCGGCGCACGUGGCAGGCGACGGCGACGCGGCGCCUUCAGCGGCGCGCAUGACGUGUGGAGGCGGCGCUGCCCCUUCAGCUUCGCGCUUGACGUGCGGAGGCGGCGCGGUUGGCUUCAGCGGCACGCAUGACAUGCGCAGUGACGCGGGCGGCAUCAUGGCUGUUACCGCGGCGUGGUGGUUGGCCGCGUGUGGCAGCGGCGAUGCGGGCUGCGUUAUGUGCUGUCUGCGGAUAGUACCUGUCGCCAUGGGGCCGGUCGAGGUGGGCGGCGGCGGCAGCGUCGCGGCAGCUUCAGCGUCAGGCGGCGGUGCUGCUCCCACGGUGGCCCGCGUGACAGACGGAGGGGGUGUGGCACCUUCAGCGGCGCGCGCGGCAGCAGGCGGCGGCGGCGCGUCCAAGGUUGCCCGCGUGACAGACGGAAUGGGCGUGGCCCCUUCAGCGACGAGCGCGGCAGCAGGCGGCGGCGUCGCGUCCAAGGUUGCCUGCGUGUUGUGGCAGCACGGCCAGUUCGCACUGCGUAGGCCCCUCGUGAGCCCCUACGCAGUUGGGGGCGGCGGUAUCAUGGACGGCGUGUCUGAGUCGGCCUGCCGUAUCCACCUGGAUGUCGCGUGCCAGUCGUACCACAGGGGCUGGACGGCGCGGAGCGGCGUGCACGUCUGUCUGCUGUCGCACCCUGAACACUACUGCCUUUCCCCGCCCGCCAGCGGACGAGGCCCGAGGGCCGCGGAGAAGGGGAGGAGAAAUCGGCCGGCGUAG